GUCCCGUUAUCGACCAAGAACUCGUAGUUUGAAGCUGAACCACACCUCUUGCAUGAGAUUUAUCCUUUUGGAUUCAUUUGUGAAACUCCAAAUAAUCCAGUUAUAAUUUUUCAGUGGCUCUGGUGCUGCCAAUGCGUCAGCGUAAUGCCACAUUAACAUUAAUAUUUCAAUAAGGCUUUCGAUUUAUGUCAGACUAAAAACACUUUAAAAGGCCAACAUUCCCAAGUUUCCUACCUUUUGCGUGUGAGCGUUUUUCUCUGCUAAGAACUACGCUAAGGAGUCCCACGACUCAGGCUUCUUCUGAUCGGGGAGACUAGGCGAAGUUUGCAGGUUAGAAAGUGCAAUUGUAGCUUUCCUGUUUUACCUGUAGUUUGUGUUGGGUAACGCCUGUAAGAAAUUAUUUGCCAACAUGCCACCAAAGGGGUUAGACUAUGAAUUAUUGAAUGAAAACGUGAAGAAGGUUCAAUAUGCUGUUAGAGGUGAGCUGUAUCUUCGAGCUUCUGAGCUCCAGAAGGAAGGAAAAAAGAUUAUCUUCACAAAUGUUGGGAACCCUCAUGCUCUAGGGCAGAAGCCACUGACCUUCCCUCGACAGGUGGUUGCCCUAUGCCAAGCUCCAUUUCUAUUAGAUGAUCCUAAUGUAGGACUCCUUUUCCCUGCUGAUGCUAUUGCAAGAGCUAAACACUAUCUUUCACUAACUUCCGGUGGUCUAGGUGCAUAUAGUGAUUCCCGAGGUGUUCCUGGAAUCAGAAAGGAAGUUGCAGAGUUCAUUGAGAGGCGUGAUGGGUAUCCAAGUGACCCAGAACUCAUAUUUCUCACAGAUGGUGCCAGCAAAGGUGUGAUGCAGAUGUUAAAUACUAUCAUUCGCGAUGCAGGGGAUGGGAUUUUGGUUCCAGUCCCACAGUACCCGCUUUAUUCAGCUGCAAUAUCACUAUUUGGUGGUUCUCUUGUUCCAUAUUAUCUAGAGGAGACAGCGAAUUGGGGUCUUGACGUUAAUGACCUUCGCCAGUCUGUUGCACAGGCUCGCUACAAAGGAAUAACUGUGAGAGCAAUGGUGAUCAUAAACCCUGGCAACCCUACUGGUCAAUGUCUUAGUGAAGGCAAUUUAAGAGAAAUCAUAAAAUUCUGUUACGAAGAAAACCUAGUAUUGCUUGGAGAUGAGGUUUAUCAGCAGAAUAUAUACCAGGAUGAGCGCCCAUUUAUAAGUGCAAGAAAGGUUUUAUUGGAUAUGGGGCCACCUUUAAGCAACGAAGUCCAGCUUGUAUCUUUCCACACUGUAUCCAAAGGAUAUUGGGGUGAAUGUGGACAGCGAGGUGGAUAUUUUGAGAUGACUAACAUUCCUCCACAGACAGUUGAUGAGAUCUAUAAGGUUGCUUCGAUAUCGCUGAGUCCAAAUGUUCCUGCACAAAUAUUUAUGGGGCUGAUGGUCAACCCUCUUAAACCUGGAGAUAUUUCAUAUGACCAGUUUGUUAGAGAAAGCAAAGGGAUCCUUGAAUCACUGAGGAGAAGAGCUAGAAUAAUGACUGACGGAUUUAACAGCUGCAGAAAUGUAGUUUGUAACUUCACCGAAGGUGCCAUGUAUUCAUUCCCUCAAAUCCGCUUGCCACCGAAAGCCAUAGAGGCUGCUAAAAAUGCUGGAAAAGUUCCAGAUGUUUUCUACUGUCUCAAGCUUUUGGAAGCCACCGGCAUUUCCACAGUCCCUGGUUCAGGAUUUGGGCAGAAAGAAGGGGUGUUCCAUUUGAGGACAACCAUCUUACCAGCUGAGGAAGACAUGCCCGAAAUCAUGUCCAGUUUCAAGAAGUUCAACGACGAUUUCAUGGAGCAGUAUGAAGACCAUAGGGGUUAUUCAAGGAUGUGAGAAUCCCUUUAAAUAAACUUGUAUUAUAUAUCCACCCAUUUCUAGCUCUUCAAUUAAACUUCUCAAAACUGUCUUUUUAUUUUUUUUCCUUAAUUUUCCUUUUUAUUUUUGGUCUUUUCUUCCUUUUCUGCUUAUUGUAUAAACUUCAUUCUGUCGAAGAAUAUGUUUUUCACAUUAAUGUCCUAUAGAUUAGGUAUAUCUCAUCUCGGGCCUCUAUUGUGAAUCGUAGAGGUGGUGCAAACUUUAUUAAGAUAUCUAACUCUGGGUUGGAUGUGAAAUCCAUAACUAUAGUUUAAUGGUAUUUGAAAUUGCUACCUUAUGUUUAGUUUUUA